UGGCAGUUGAUUAUCAAUCAUUAUUUCGCCAGCCUUUCCAACUCGGAGCCUAGUUCAGUCCAGUCUCUACAAGCUACAAAGAGGCCAAAAGAUGUCAGUUGACGCAGACGAGGAGACUCCUCUGUCUGGCACAAGUCUCCCAAACCCAAGCCAAACCCCCUCCGUCGCUCUCAACGCGAUAUCGAUUCCAGUGAGCCUCACGCCGUCGAUCCGUCUAGCCUGACUACCUCCGAGAGGAGACUUUCUAACUUCUUGUUCUCCCAAGAAUGGACUGAUACACAGUGUUCUUGUUUCGUCGCUCAUAUCGAGACGAUGAAAGAAGCUAUCUCACGCCAUUUCUACUCGCAAGGUUGGAACACCGAUCAAGUGCAGUGUCUCCACGAGCGUUGUGAGAUGGAAUUUCCAGGGCAUUUCCCAGCUCCUAAAGGUGAUGCCGAGCAACAAGAUCUGCAGAUGCAGCUGAGACUAGUGGAAGAAAUGAAUCGUCGAAGGGCGAUUGGCGAGCGCACGUACCCUUCAAUAGGCACUAUGGACAGGGGGAUCGAUGAGGAGAGAAGGGCUUGAGUGGAAUCCGCUUAGAGCGUUGUGAUCCCCAGAAAUGCAGAGUACUUGAGGCGCGAUAUGCCACUUUAUCAAAACCAAAGGCUUACCACAAAGCUGGAUGCUUAACAUCACCUUCCGCAUCAAAUCAG